AAGCUUUAUGGUGAAGGCUCUCUUGAGUAUUUUCAUGUUCGAGACAAACUUUUUUCUCUAUUUGAUGAGUGUAUGAGCAAAUCUGUUGUCACCUCUUCUUCUCAAGCAUCGACUGUUCCUCGUGGUGGUCUAGUUGCUUGUGAUCCACUACAUGUGUUAGAGUUGAAG